AUGGGUCAUCGAGCAUUGAUCAAGCAAGUUGCUGGUCAAAAUAAAAACGAAGCCAGUUUGUACUUUUCCAGGAUUGUUGUUGUAUCUAUCGUUAAUGACGAAACAGCUAAAAAUAUGUCAACAACCGAAUUUCUUACGAUGGGUCAACUGAACGACAUGGAAAUAACAUCACCAAAAGAAGCGGCAGAUCAUCAAGUCGAGGUUAUUGAAGCAAAGAGGAAGCUCAGUGUACUUCAGGAACAAUACAGCAACAGACAAGAUGAUAUUGAUGAACAACUUCUCUCGUCUUCUGCUGAGAAUAUAUUUGAAUUAAUAGAAAAAUCCAUCGGAAGUGCCGAUUCUGCACCUGAAGUAGGAGAAGAAGUUACAAUUGACGGCACACAAGAACCAUUCACAAGCACAACAACCGCAGUACAAUUUGAUCAGAUAAAAUCAUCGAUUGUACAAAAUAUUCAAAGGCAAGUGCAAGGUGUGAAAGAUUUUUUUGAUAAUGAUAACAUUGUUGACAUUUAG